AUGGUCUUCGAACCAUCCGUCUCUUUGGACAACAUCGACAAGAAAAUCUUCAAACUGGAUUGCGGGGUUCAACAGUCUGCAGUCAAAAAGACGCUCGGGAUAGUCUGGGAUUCUGAACGCGAUAUAUUCACGUACUCGUGCGAUCCGGAAAAUACGGAGUUGGUUUCUACAAAAAGAAAAUUGCUUUCAGAGGUUGCACGAAUCUUCGAUCCUCUAGGAUUACUAGGCCCCUUAAUUUUAUAUGCAAAGGGCCUUUUGUUAGAUUGCUGGCGGUCAAAUUUGACCUGGGACGAGUCGUUGCCGCAGGAGAUCCACACGAAAUGGGUUAAGUUUGCCGAUCAACUCCCCGAGGUGCAGAAGUUUGCAGAGCCAAGGUACCUACGAGGGGAAACUCCAACGUCAACCGAAAUACACGGCUUUUGUGACGCUUCGUCACGAGGGUACGGCGCUGGUGUGUACAUCCGCACAGUCGACGCGGCAGGACGCGUUACUGUCAGGUUGCUCGUUAGCAAGUCCAAAAUAGCUUCCACCGAUCAUCAAACAAUACCGCGACUGGAAUUAGCCGGCGCGGUCCUUCUGAAAAGGUUAUACGUCAAGGCUAGGAAACAGCUGGUUUUUUCCGUUGACCGGGUCAUCUUCUGGACGGAUUCAACCAUCGUUUUAUCUUGGUUAAAAAAGGCGCCUCAUCUGUUGAGGACUUAUGAGAAAAAUAGAGUAGCUGAUAUUCAAGAAUUAGGUAAUGAAGUCGAAUGGAGACAUGUCCGGUCGGCGGCUAAUCCAGCUGAUGCACUGUCUCGAGGACAGUUACCGGGUGAACUAGUGAGGAAUUCCCUCUGGAAUUGCGGUCCUCACUGGCUGAGGUUAUCGGAAGAUAAAUGGCCUGAAUCACCGAUUCCACUUGCGAGUCACACGUUAGCAACGACCUUUUCGACUAGCUCCUUUUACCUCCGAUACUCGGAUUACGGUUGCUUAAUCAGAUCGAUAGCGUACAUGCUCCAUUUAACGAGCAAGGAAUUACCUCAAGGUGAGAUUCCAGACACGGGCAAAUCACAAAGAGGGAUUCGUUAUCUAACUCAAGCUGAAGUUGAUAAGGCUGAACUUCGUCUCCUACUUCUGAUCCAGAGGGAAUGUUUUGCCUCCGAGAUCAAAGCUUUAAAAUCCGAUCAAAAACCACCCAAUGAUAAAUAUCGUGAUGAGUUUAGGAACCGAAAUAAAUUCAAUCAAAUCAGUCCAUUUCUUGACAGCGAUGGAUUGAUCAGAGUAGGCGGUCGUUUAAAACAUUCCGACCUCACGUUCAACCAGCGACAUUCAAUAUUGCUUCCACAAUCCCACCACAUCUCCGACCUGAUCAUUCGUGACGCUCAUCGUCGAACACUUCACGGCGGAAUCCAGAUGUCACUUUACGCCAUAAGAGAACGAUUUUGGAUUCUCGGCGGCAAAGACCAAAUUAGGCAUAUCAUACAGCGAUGUGUGCCGUGCAUUCGUCAGAAACACAAAUUCCCUCACGCCAAGAUGGCGGAUCUACCAAAAUUCAGGAUCGUUGCUCCCGAGUAUCCGUUCGAGGAAACCGGUGUAGAUCUUUUCGGGCCUAUUCUAAUUAAAGAAAAGAAAGAGCGUAAUCGUAGCUUCAUUAAAGCAUACGGUUGUGUUUUCGUGUGCAUGGCUUCCAAGGCCGUCCAUAUCGAGUUAGCGUCAGAUCUUUCCACUGAAGCCUUUCUCGCUUGUCUCCGUCGGUUUAUUAAUACGCAUGGGAUCCCGCGAAUAAUGAGGUCCGAUAACGGUACCAAUUUUGUCGGUGCGAAAAAUGAACUUAAGAAACUCUACGAGUUACACGGGACUUCUGCUUUCCAAGAAGCUAUCCAAAACUUCACGAUCCCCAAACGAAUCGAAUGGCAGUUUAACCCUCCUCUCUCUUCGUAUUUCGGCGGAUUGUGGGAGGCCGCCGUUAAGAGUUUCAAAUAUCAUUUGAAUCGUGUGAUGACCAAUCAACCGCUCACGUAUGAACAGCUUGAAACUUUUUUAAAGGAAAUCGCAGCGAUCCUUAAUUCUCGCCCACUAUACGUGACUUCCGCAGACCCUAAUAACCCUCUAGCGAUAACGCCCGCGCAUGCUUUGAUUGGACGUCCGUUCGAUUUCUUAGCCGAACCUGACUUUGUUUCAGUUGCAGACAAUCGUUUGAAGCCGUACCAGUUUAUAAGCAAAGCCAGACAGGAUUUCUGGAGAAAAUGGCAUCAGGAAUAUUUGCACGAACUCCAAGUCCGAACCAAAUGGCUGAAUUCCACUGCCACUCUAAAAUCCGGCAUGGUUGUCGUAUCGAUGGAGGACACGAACUCUCCUUGCGCAAGAUGGCCGCUAGGUAUCGUCGAGGAGGUUCACCCUGGGAGCGAUGGCAUUGCUCGAGUGGCAACAGUGAAGAUGGCAUCCGGAGUCUACAAACGAAACAUCACUAGGCUCUGCGUGCUACCCAUGGAACAGGGCGGCAAAAUCCCGUCAGAAUCUCAGCCACCCCUCCCAGAAUAA